AUGACUCUAUUUAAGCAAAUCACUGGGAAAGUUACAAGCUCAAGUAGAUCUAUGUUGGGAGUUGUCAUUCUGGGUGCGGGCCAGAAUUUUGUGAUCAAGGUAACACUUAUGCUAGUAGAUUUGAUUCUAGAUAUAGCUUUCGUUGUUACUAGUGGUAAAGAUGUCAGUUGGCUAUACUGGCCAAGGUUAUUUCCUUUACCUUGCGACCCAUUAUGCAUCAAUAGUCUGAUUAUCAUUAUCUUGCUAAUUUCAGAAAUCAAUGAAAAUGAAAAUUUUCAUAUAUUGUUUCGGUCGUAUUCAAAACCAGCAGCGUUAUUAACAAUAUUAGCAGCAACAGAUGUUGAGACAAUUACACUCAUGUCAUCUAAACUGUUUGGAUUUCAGAUUUUCAGCGCACAAUUUUCAACAAAAGUAGAAAUCUGGACCUUUUGGGCUGGAUUUUAUAAUUUGUUUAUUGAAGAUGCAUCACAGCUAAUUAUUCAAAAGGAUGUAAAGGAAAAAAAUCCAAGUUAUAUUCCUAUUGUUGAGUUAAGUAGGUUCAAAAUAUGUAUUGUACCGGAAUCCCUACAACCCGGAAAAACUAAAUUCUUUGAAACAUUAAAAUUAUUUUGUUAG